UGACAGGCAAGGAAGAGUGGGGAGAAAGGAUUUUUACUCGAGCUGUAUCCAGUCACUGGAGGCAAAAAUAUAUUGAUCCAAGCAUGGUAGCAAUAAACCAAUUCACAGAAGUAAACCAAGGUAUCGAGCUAGUCAAUCCAAGCAUGAAUAAUUUUCACAGCUUCAUGCCUUUCACUAGUGACAACUUCUUUAGCCAUCAAGCACCUGAAUUCCCAGGAAACUUAGCUGAAAGUUUUCCUGGUAUUUUCCAUCAAAAUGACCAAAAUGUUGUGCCAGUUUCUCAGCCUUUUACCACACCUGGAAACGAAAGUGAAUUCCAAGAAAGCAAGAAGAGAAAAGCAAUGGAUGUGUCUGAAAGCAGUUCUAUGAACUCAUCUCCUCAAGUUUCUGAAAGUGGGAGUAAAAAGAGAAAUAGCGCAAGAAGAGGAAAGAUAGUGAAAAGCAAUGAGGAUGAGGAGAAACCAAAAGAAGUUGUUCAUGUUAGAGCUAGAAGAGGUCAAGCCACUGAUAGCCAUAGUUUAGCCGAAAGGGUUAGAAGGGGAAAAAUAAAUGAGAGAUUAAGAUGCUUGCAAGAUAUAGUCCCUGGCUGCUACAAGACCAUGGGCAUGGCAGUAAUGCUGGAUGAGAUAAUUAAUUAUGUCCAGUCCUUGCAAAAUCAAGUUGAGUUUCUAUCUAUGAAGCUCACAGCAGCCAGCAGAUUUUAUGACUUCAAUGCAGAAACAGAUGCUAUUCAAACAAUGCAGAGGGAAAAAGCACAAGAGGCUAAAGAGUUACAAAGAGCCAUGAGAGAAGGAUCCGGAGGACUGACUCACAGCUUCCACUCAGCAUGGCCGCUUUGA